AUGGCGGACGUCGAUUGGUCGGCUGGGCGCACAUUCUUAAUCGUUUAUCAUCGGCAUCUCGUUUUACGAGUUUUAGUGCAGCGAUCAUCAUCACCAUCGUAUGACGUCAUCGAACACAACAUAGACAAGCUGAUCCUCCGAGAUAACAAUCACCAGAUGGAAGUUACCUCAAGGCCCCCUCAACUGAAUCAUAGACCCCCCCACUCCACCCCGCGGCUCACCCUCAUCGAAAAUACCCCCAUUUUAGUCACGUGCAUCAGUGUGGGUGGCAGUCCGACACCGACUAUCGAUAUCUUCUUGAAGCGUCGGAACAUCAGCGGGAAUGCUGUCUUGAGGUCUGUGGUGAGUCAGUUGCGAGGCGAUACAAAAAGUUAUCGUCGAAUUUUGCGUGAGGUUCAUCAGCCCAGCUCCGUGGGCGAGAAAGUGAUGGCCGAAGAUGACGGUAGCUCGGUGACCUGUGAAGGGUCGGUGACCGGUUUUAAGCCGAUUCGCGUUGACGCAUUUUUGGAAGUUAGAUAUGCUCCGAAGAUAGAGUGUCAAUCGACAGAGAGGAGGCUCGGCGACGUGAACGUGUACAUCGGCUGCCUGGUGAAGGCCAAACCCCACCCCUACGAAAUGUUCUGGAUCGUUGAUGACGUCGGCAGGAAGGUUCUCGUGAAUGAUGACGCUACUGACGCGGCUGCUGCUGCUGCUAAUAUGUGGAGUGCGGCCAACACGUUAAACGGACCAUCGACUAGCGUGCAGUUGUAUUUUCAUCACGUGACCGCUAGCGACUUCCGGCACUACAGAUUGGUGGUAGCCAAUGAAGUGUCCACUUCUGUGGCAGAAGUAUUUUUAAAAGAAAGUUGGUUUUGA